AUGCGGGACGUGCUGGGGGGGACCCUGUGGGACAGCCCGGCCUGGGAGCAGGCCAAGAGGAAGCUGGACCUGGAGGGCCCCGAAUUUCGCACGCCCAAGGGGAAGGGCAGGACGCUGGCGCAGGUCCCCAGCCCCAGGACCCCCAAGUCUCCCGGGGAGAAGACUCGCUACGACACCUCGCUGGGGCUGCUCACCAAAAAAUUCAUCCGUUUGCUGAGCGAGUCGCCCGAUGGCGUCGUGGAUCUCAACCGGGCGGCCGAAGUGCUGGAGGUCCAGAAACGUCGCAUCUACGACAUCACCAACGUGCUGGAGGGCAUCCAGCUCAUCCGCAAGAAGUCCAAGAACAACAUCCAGUGGAUGGGGACGGGGAUCUUUGAGGACACGGCGGUGACGACGAAGCAGCAGGCGUCGGGGGAGCUGGCCGAGCUGGCCAGGGCGGAGAGGACGCUGGACCAGCUCCUGCAGGACUGCGCCCUGCAGCUCCGGCAGCUGGCCGACGACGAAGCCAACCAGAGGCUGGCGUACGUCACCUACCAGGACCUCCGCGCCAUCAGCAACUUCCAGGAGCAGACGGUGAUCGCCGUGAAGGCUCCCCCGGAGACGCAACUGGAGGUGCCGGACUUCAGCGAGGACAACCUCCAGCUCCACCUGAAGAGCACCAACGGCCCCAUUGAGGUGUACCUCUGCCCGGAGGAGAUCACAGAGGAGAGCCCCACCAAGGACCACAGUGUCCCCUCUGCCGCCACCUCCCCACGGGACCACGCCGUAACCCCUUCCCUGCUGAACAGCCCCGGACCAGCCCCACAGCCGCCCCACACCGUUCCCCAGAGCUGGGGGGGCACGGGAACCCCCUCCUCCUCUCCACCUCUGCCUCUCACCAUCCCAGGGGGGCCCAGCUCGCUGCUGGAGGUGGAAGCCGGGCUCCUGGGCUCGCCCCCGCACCUCCUGCAGCAGACAGAGGACCAGCUGCCCUGCGCCCCCCCCCACCUGGACUCGGGACCCUUCGUCACCUUCUCGCCCCCCCUGGAACAGGACGACUAUCUCUGGGGGCUGGAGGGUGAGGGCGUCAGUGACCUCUUUGAGGCGUACGACCUGGGGGACCUGCUGAAGCACUGA